AUGACAGGAGCUGGGGAGCGGAGGAGGGAGGAGCCGCGGAGAGCUGGGCUGUGGAGCAGCGAGAGCGGAGCGGGGCGCGGAGUGCGGGCGGCUGGGAGCGCGCUACAGCGGGGGAGAGGCGCUGCUGCACGGCCGGCCAUAGGACCACCUCCCCGGGAAAAUAGGGGCUCUUUAUGGCAUGUGGCUGGUAACUUUCCUCCUGCUCCUGGACUCUUUACACAAAGCCCGCCCUGAAGAUGUCGGCACCAGCCUCUACUUUGUGAAUGACUCCUUGCAGCAGGUGACCUUCUCCAGUUCUGUGGGGGUCGUGGUGCCCUGCCCGGCCACAGGCUCCCCCAGUGCCGUCCUUCGAUGGUACCUUGCCACAGGUGAUGACAUCUAUGAUGUGCCACACAUCCGGCAUGUCCAUGCCAAUGGGACGCUGCAGCUCUACCCUUUUUCGCCCUCUGCCUUCAAUAGCUUUAUCCACGACAAUGAUUACUUCUGUACCGCAGAAAAUGCUGCGGGGAAAAUCCGGAGUCCCAACAUCCGGGUUAAAGCAGUUUUCAGGGAACCCUACACCGUCCGGGUGGAGGAUCAAAGGUCAAUGCGUGGAAACGUGGCCGUCUUCAAGUGCCUCAUCCCCUCUUCAGUGCAGGAAUAUGUUAGCGUUGUGUCCUGGGAGAAAGACACAGUCUCCAUCAUCCCAGAAAAUAGGUUUUUUAUUACUUUCCAUGGUGGGCUGUAUAUCUCAGAUGUGCAGAAGGAGGACGCCCUGUCUACAUACCGCUGCAUCACCAAACACAAGUACAGUGGUGAGACCCGCCAAAGUAACGGGGCCCGACUCUCUGUGUCAGACCCAGCUGAGUCAACUCCCACCAUCCUCGACAGCUUCCACUCCAGGGAAGUGAGAGCGGGCCAGACAGUGGAGUUGCCCUGCACUGCCUCAGGCUACCCUGCCCCAGCAAUCAGGUGGCUCAAGGAUGGGCGGCCCCUCCCCACGGACAGCCGCUGGACCAAGCGCAUCACAGGACUGACCAUUAGUGACCUGCGGGCUGAAGACAGCGGCACCUACAUCUGCGAGGUCACCAAUACCUUUGGCUCAGCUGAAGCCACAGGCACCCUCACAGUCAUUGACCCCCUCCAUGUGACCCUGACGCCAAAGCAGCUGAAGACAGGCAUCGGCAGCACCGUCAUCCUGUCCUGUGCCCUGACUGGCCCCCCGGAGCUCACCAUCCGCUGGUACCGCAACACCGAGCUGGUGGUGCCAGAUGAGACCAUCUCUAUCCGCGGGCUCAGCAACGAGACCCUCCUCAUCACCUCCGCCCAGAAAAGCCACUCCGGGGCUUACCAGUGCUUCGCCACUCGCAAAGCCCAGACGGCCCAGGACUUCGCCAUCAUUGUUCUGGAGGAUGGGACACCCCGCAUCAUCUCCUCCUUCAGCGAGAAGGUGGUAAACCCUGGGGAGCAGUUCUCACUGAUGUGUGCAGCUAAAGGCGCCCCACCUCCCACCGUCACCUGGGCCCUGGACGAUGAGCCGAUCCAGCGGGAUGGCGGGCACCGCACCAACCAGUACACCAUGUCAGACGGCACGACCAUCAGCCACAUGAAUGUCACGGCCCCCCAGAUCCGAGAUGGGGGUGUCUACCGAUGCGCUGCACGGAACUCAGUGGGCAGUGCUGAAUACCAAGCGCGAAUAAACGUAAGAGGACCCCCAAGUAUCCGAGCAAUGAAGAACAUCACAGCAGUGGCAGGUCGGGACACACUUAUCAACUGCAGGGUCAUUGGCUAUCCCUACUACUCCAUCAAGUGGUACAAAGACACCUUGCUGCUGCCUGACAACCACCGCCAGGUGGUCUUUGAGAAUGGAACCCUCAAAUUGAUGGAUGUCCAGAAGGGCAUGGAUGAAGGGGAAUACCUCUGCAGCGUUCUCAUCCAGCCUCAGCUGUCCAUCAGCCAGAGUGUCCACGUUGCAGUAAAAGUUCCCCCGCUGAUUCAACCCUUCGAGUUUCCUCCUGCGUCCAUCGGACAGCUCCUCUACAUCCCCUGUGUGGUCUCCUCUGGAGACAUGCCCAUCCGGAUCACCUGGAGGAAAGAUGGGCAAGUAAUCAUCUCUGGCUCAGGGGUGACCAUCGAGAGCAAGGAAUUCAUGAGUUCUCUCCAGAUCUCCAGUGUCUCCCUCAAACAUAAUGGAAACUACACCUGCAUUGCCAGCAACGAUGCUGCCACAGUCAGCCGUGAACGGCAGUUGAUUGUGCGAGUCCCACCUCGAUUUGUGGUACAGCCCAACAAUCAGGAUGGUAUUUAUGGCAAAGCUGGAGUGCUGAACUGCUCCGUAGAUGGCUACCCACCACCCAAAGUCAUGUGGAAGCAUGCCAAAGGUAGCGGGAACCCCCAGCAGUAUCACCCUGUCCCACUCACAGGCCGCAUCCAGAUCCUUCCCAAUAGCUCCCUACUUAUCCGACAUGUGCUGGAGGAAGACAUCGGCUAUUACCUCUGCCAGGCCAGCAAUGGCGUGGGCACUGACAUCAGCAAGUCCAUGUUCCUCACCGUCAAGAUACCAGCCAUGAUCACCUCACACCCUAAUACUACCAUUGCCAUCAAGGGCCACACAAAGGAACUGAACUGCACUGCACGUGGCGAGCGUCCCAUCAUCAUCCGUUGGGAGAAGGGGGACACGGUCAUUGAUCCGGACCGAGUCAUGAGAUAUGCCAUUACCACCAAGGACAAUGGGGAUGAGGUUAUCUCUACUCUUAAGCUGAAGCCAGCUGACCGUGGGGACUCCGUGUUCUUCAGUUGCCAUGCCAUCAACUCCUAUGGGGAGGACCGGGGUCUGAUCCAACUCACUGUGCAAGAGCCCCCAGAUCCUCCUGAGCUAGAGAUCCGGGAAGUGAAGGCCCGGAGCAUGAACCUGCGCUGGACUCAGAGAUUUGAUGGGAACAGUAUCAUCACCGGCUUUGACAUUGAAUAUAAAAACAAAUCUGAUUCUUGGGAUUUCAAGCAAUCCACUAGAAACAUCUCACCCACCAUCAACCAGGCAAACAUUGUGGACCUGCAUCCUGCCUCUGUUUACAGCAUCCGCAUGUAUUCCUUCAACAAGAUUGGCCGCAGUGAGCCCAGCAAGGAGCUCACCAUAAGCACAGAGGAAGCUGCUCCUGAUGGACCACCCAUGGAUGUCACCUUGCAACCUGUGACCUCACAGAGCAUCCAGGUAACCUGGAAGGCUCCCAAGAAGGAGCUCCAGAACGGCGUGAUCCGUGGCUACCAGAUCGGUUACCGGGAGAACAGUCCAGGCAGCAAUGGGCAAUACAGCAUCGUGGAGAUGAAGGCCACUGGGGACAGUGAGGUCUACACCCUGGACAACCUGAAGAAGUUUGCUCAAUAUGGGGUGGUGGUCCAGGCCUUCAACCGGGCAGGGACGGGCCCCUCAUCCAGCGAAAUCAAUGCCACCACACUAGAGGAUGUGCCCAGCCAGCCUCCUGAGAAUGUCCGAGCCCUGUCCAUCACUUCUGAUGUUGCUGUCAUUUCCUGGUCAGAGCCACCACGAAGCACCCUUAAUGGUGUCCUAAAGGGGUACCGGGUCAUCUUUUGGUCUCUCUACAUGGAUGGGGUUCCAGGUCCCCCUGCCGGUAUCAAAGCCGUCCCUUCAUCGGCCAGCAGUGUGGUCGUGUCCUGGCUACCUCCUGCCAAACCUAACGGGGUGAUCCGAAAGUACACCAUCUUCUGCUCGAGUCCUGGGUCUGGACAGCCGGCCCCCAGCGAAUACGAGACAAGUCCUGAGCAGCUCUUCUACAGGAUUGCUCAUUUAAACAGAGGGCAGCAGUACAUGCUGUGGGUAGCGGCUGUCACCUCCGCCGGCCGGGGGAACAUCAGCGAGAAGGUCACCAUCGAGCCAGCUGGAAAAGCUCCUGCCAAAAUCAUCUCAUUUGGAGGCACUGUGACCACACCCUGGAUGAAAGAUGUCCGGCUACCCUGUACCUCAGUGGGGGAACCUGUCCCAGCCAUCAAAUGGACAAAGGACAGUGAGGACUCUGCCAUUGCUGUGACUGUUGAUGGGCAUCGGCUCAUCCAAACCAAUGGGACACUGGUGCUACGCUCGGUAAAGGCCGAGGACUCUGGUUACUACACCUGUACUGCCACCAAUACCUGGGGCUUUGAUACCAUCAUCAUCAACCUGCUGGUACAAGUACCUCCCGAUCAGCCCCGACUGACUGUGUCUAAGACCUCAGCUUCCUCUAUCACUCUGGCCUGGAUCCCAGGGGACAAUGGUGGCAGCUCCAUUCGAGGUUUUGUGCUACAGUACUCUGUGGACAACAGUGAGGAGUGGAAGGAUGUAUUCAUAAGCUCCAGCGAGCGCUCCUUCAAACUGGACAGUCUCAAGUGUGGCACCUGGUAUAAGGUGAAGCUGGCGGCCAAGAACAGUGUGGGUGCGGGUCGCAUCAGCGAAAUCAUCGAAGCCAAGACCCACGGGCGGGAACCGUCCUUCAGCAAAGACCAGCACCUCUUCACCCACAUCAACUCCACGCACGCCCGACUCAACCUGCAGGGCUGGAGCAGUGGGGGCUGCCCCAUCACGUCCAUCCUGCUGGAGUACAGGCCCAAGGGCACGUGGGCCUGGCAGGGCCUGCGGGCCAACAGCUCCGGGGAGGUGUUCCUGGCAGAACUUCGAGAGGCCACCUGGUACGAGCUGCGCAUGAGGGCCUGCAACAGUGCAGGCUGCGGCAAUGAGACCACUCAGUUCGCCACGCUGGACUAUGAUGGAAGCACCAUCCCACCCAUCAAGUCAGCCCAGGGAGAGGGGGAUGAUGUGAAGAAGCUUUUUUCCAUCGCCUGCCCCGUCAUCCUGGCCACCCUAGGGGUGGCCCUGCUCAUCAUCAUUCGCAAGAAAAGGAAGGAGAAAAGACUGAAGAGACUCAGAGAUGCCAAGAGUUUAGCAGAAAUGUUGAUAAGCAAGAGCAAUCGAAGCUUGGACACGCCUGUGAAAGGGCCACCCCAAGGUCCUCGGCUCCACAUUGACAUCCCCCGGGUCCAGCUGCUGAUUGAAGACAAGGAGGGUAUCAAACAGCUGGGGGACGACAAAGCCACCAUCCCAGUAACAGACACUGAAUUCAGCCAGGCUGUCAAUCCCCAGAGCUUCUGCACAGGGGUCUCCCUGCAUCACCCUGCCCUCAUCCAAAACACAGGGCCCCUCAUCGACAUGUCUGACAUCCGACCUGGCACCAAUCCUGUGUCCAGGAAGAAUGUCAAGUCUGCCCAUAGCACCCGCAAUCGUUAUUCCAGUCAAUGGACACUGACCAAAUGCCAGGCUUCCACUCCUGCCCGCACUCUCACCUCUGACUGGCGUACUGUGGGAUCCCAACAUGGCAUCACUGUUACUGAAAGUGACAGCUAUAGUGCCAGUCUCUCCCAGGACACAGACAAAGGGCGGAACAGCAUGGUGUCCACAGAGAGUGCCUCCUCCACGUACGAGGAGCUGGCCCGAGCCUAUGAACAUGCCAAGCUGGAGGAGCAGCUGCAGCAUGCCAAGUUUGAGAUCACGGAGUGCUUCAUCUCAGACAGUUCCUCGGACCAGAUGACCACAGGCACCAACGAGAAUGCCGACAGCAUGACCUCCAUGAGCACCCCCUCUGAGCCGGGCAUCUGCCGCUUCACUGCCUCACCACCUAAGCCUCAGGACAGUGACCGGGGCAAGAAUGUGGCUGUGCCCAUCCCACACCGUGCCAACAAAAGUGAAUACUGCAACCUACCACUGUAUGUCAAGUCAGAUACCUUCUUCCGGAAGGCCGAUGGGCACGAGCCCUGCCCCGUGGUCCCUCCCCGUGAAGCCUCCAUCCGAAACAUGGCCCGGACCUACCACACCCAGGCGCGGCAUCUGACCCUGGACCCUGCCAGCAAGCCCCUGGGCCUCCCCCAUCCCGGGGCUCCAGCCUCCACAGCUACCUUACCUCAGAGGACUCUGGCCAUGCCGGGCCCACCCACCGGCGCCGCCCCCCCACCUCCAGCAGCCCCCACUGUCGAACCCCCUCCUGCAGCCGCCACCACUGCAACUGCUCCCCCAGCCCCCAGCACUGAGCCACCUCGGGCUGGCGGACCCCACACCAAAAUGGGAGGCUCGAGGGACUCACUUCUUGAGAUGAGCACGUCGGGGGUAGGGAGGUCUCAGAAGCAGGGAGCAGGAGCCUACUCGAAGUCUUACACCCUGGUGUAG